AACCACUCAGGAGGCUGGUCGAUCGGCUGUCGGCAGGAGGGCUGACCAGGCCAGUGGCCAAAGGAGGGAGGGAGCCCAGGAUUGGAGCUGCCUGUCUCCUUUCAGGCCAGUGGCUGUGUGGACACACCGAUUACUCACCAGCCUCCCCCUUUUGUCUGCCAGCCCAGCCUGACUCCUUGAGAUUGUGAAUAGCUCCAUCCAGCCUGGGAAGCGAGCUGGACAGCUGAGCCGGGCUGCGCCCAGAGUGCCCAACAGGCCCAUGCUGAGGCUGGAGGCCUCCCCCCGGCUGGGGGGCCACCAGCUUGGCCUCCUGCCCAUGCUCCUGGCUCUUCUUGGCAUGACCUGGGCAGAAGUGCAGCCACUUCAGCUGCAGGAGAAGCAGGUUCCAAUGCCCGGAGCCCUGAGCAGGAAGGAGAGCUUCUUGCUCCUCUCGCUGCACAACCGCCUGCGCAGCCGGGUCCACCCCCCUGCAGCCAACAUGCAGAGAAUGGACUGGAGCGAGAGGCUGGCUCAACAGGCUCAGACCAGGGCGGCCCUUUGUGGCGCCCCAGCCCCGAGCCUGGCUUCCAUCCUCCGGGCCGCACCCCAAGUGGGCUGGAAUGUGCAGCUGCUGCCCAGAGGCUCGGCAUCCUUCAUCCACGUGGUGAGCCUGUGGUUCUCAGAGGGGCAGCAGUACAGCCACGCAGCGGCCGAGUGUGCCCCCAACGCUACCUGCACCCACUACACUCAGCUCGUGUGGGCCACCUCAAGCCAGCUGGGCUGUGGGCGGCACCCCUGCUCUGGGGCCCAGGGCGAGAUGGAAGCCUUUGUCUGCGCCUACUCUCCCGGGGGCAACUGGGAGGCCAACGGGAGGACCAUCGUCCCCUACAAGAAGGGCGCCUGGUGUUCGCUCUGCACAGCCAGCGUCUCGGGCUGCUUCAAAGCCUGGGACCACGCCGGGGGGCUCUGUGAGGUCCCCAGGAACCCGUGUCGCAUGAGCUGCCGGAACCAUGGACAUCUCAACAUCAGCACCUGCCACUGCCACUGUCCCCCUGGCUACACAGGCAGAUACUGCCAAGUGCGGUGCAGCGUGCAGUGUGUGCAUGGCCGGUUCCGGGAAGAGGAGUGUUCCUGCAUCUGUGAUGUCGGCUAUGGGGGAGCCCAGUGUGCCACCAAGGUGCACUUCCCCUUCCACACCUGCGACCUGAGGAUCGACGGAGACUGCUUCAUGGUGUCCUCGGAGGCAGACACCUAUUACGGAGCCAAGAUGAAAUGCCAGGGAAAGGGCGGGGUGCUGGCCCAGAUUGAGAGCCAGAAAGUGCAGGACAUCCUCGCCUUCUACCUGGGCCGCCUAGAGACCACCAACGAGGUGACCGACAGUGACUUUGAGACCAGGAACUUCUGGAUCGGGCUCACCUACAAGACUGCUAAGGACUCCUUCCGCUGGACCACAGGGGAGCACCAGUCCUUCACCAGUUUCGCCUUUGGGCAGCCUGACAACCAGGGCUUUGGCAACUGUGUGGAGCUGCAGGCAUCGGCUGCCUUCAACUGGAAUGAUCAACGUUGUAAAACCCGAAACCGCUACAUCUGCCAGUUUGCUCCGGAGCACAUUUCCCGGUGGGACCCAGGGCCCUGAGCCCCGGCCGUGCCUCUCCCCUGCCAGCACCUGACUGCGUAGCCCUGCUUGCCUGUCUGCCCACCUGUCUAGACCAAGGGCUGGCCUAGGGCUGCAGGCCCAACAGCCCAAGAGGCCUCAGAGCUUGCAGGGAGUGGGGCAGGGGCACAAGGGAGGCGGACAGGGAGACUUGCACAGGAGAUGGGGAGACUGGGGUCCCCCGCUCUGGUUUUGAUUGAGAAGAUGGGUCUUAAUUCAGCACUGAGACAGGAGUCUGGGCCAGGGGUCAGAAGAGACCACUCUCCUCCAUCUGGGCUGCACCCUCUGUGCUGCCCAGGAUGCACCCCACAAAGGAUUAAACUGAGUUAUGGAUCAGCCA